AUGGCAGCUGCUGGCCCCAGCAGGGAGGGGGCAGGGUUCGCCUCUCCUGCCCUCAGAGGUCGGCUCUGUGCCCGCAGGGAGGUCCUCAUGCAGGAGGCCGGGGGCACCUGUCCUGGAGGCCCCAGGGCUGCUGCGCCCGGCUCGGGGCCCGGCCUGUGCCGGGGCGAGAUCGAAUUUGGGGGGUCUGGGAAGAAGCGAGGCAAGGGCUGCCAUCCUGCCCUGCAGUUCGUGAAGGUGCCCAGCGAUGUGGCCCCCUCCGAGCUCUUCGACCUCCUGCUGGCCGAGUGGCACCUGACUGCUCCCAACCUGGUGGUGUCCCUGGUGGGCGAGGAGCGGCCGUUCGCCAUGAAGUCCUGGCUGCGGGAUGUCCUGCGCAAGGGGCUGGUGAAGGCAGCUCAGAGCACAGGGGCCUGGAUCCUGACCAGCGCGCUCCGAGUGGGCCUCGCCCGGUACGUCGGGCAGGUCGUGCGUGACCACUCGCUGGCCAGCACGUCCACCAGGGCCCGUGUGGUGGCCAUCGGCCUUGCCUCGCUGGGCCACGUCCUGCACCGUCAGCUUCUGGACGAUGCCCAGGAGCACAGCCCCGUCCACUACCCCACGGAUGACGGCAGCAGCCAGGGCCCCCUCUACUCCCUGGACAACAACCAGGCCCACUUCAUCCUGGUGGAGCCUGGGCCCCCCGGGAAGGGGGACGGGCUGACAGAGCUGAGGCUGAGGCUGGAGAAGCACAUCUCGGAGCAGAGAACUGGCUAUGGGGGCACCGGCAGCAUCGAGGUCCCGGUCCUCUGUCUGCUGGUCAAUGGUGACCCCAGCACCCUGGAGAGGAUUUCCAGGGCCGUGGAGCAUGCUGCCCCGUGGCUGAUCCUGGCAGGCUCAGGGGGCAUCGCGGACGUGUUGGCCGCCCUGCUGAACCAGCCCGACCUCCUGGUGCCGCAGGUGGCCGAGAAGCAGUUUAAAGAGAAGUUUCCGGGCGAACAUUUCCGCUGGGAGGACAUCGUACACUGGACCGAGCUGCUGCAGAACAUCACCUCCCACCCGCAACUGCUCACCGUGCACGACUUCGAGCAGGAGAGCUCCGAGGAGCUGGACACCGUCAUCCUUAAGGCGCUGGUGAAAGCCUGCAAGAGCCACAGCCAGGGAGCACAGGACUACCUGGAUGAGCUCAAGCUGGCCGUGGCCUGGGACCGCGUGGACAUCGCCAGGAGCGAGAUCUUCAAUGGGGACGUGGAGUGGAAGUCCUGUGACCUGGAGGAGGUGAUGAUGGACGCGCUGGUGAGUGACAAGCCCGAGUUUGUGCGACUCUUUGUGGACAACGGCGCCGACGUGGGGGACUUCCUGACGUACGGGAGGCUUCAGCAGCUCUACCGUUCCGCGCCUCCCAAGAGCCUGCUCUUCGACCUGCUGCAGCGCAAGCACGAGGAGGGCCGGCUGACACUGGCCGGCCUGGGCGCCCAGCAGGCCCGCGAGCCGCCCGGGGGCCUGCCCGCCUUCUCCCUGCACGAGGUCUCCCGCCUGCUCAAGGACUUCCUGCACGACGCCUGUCGCGGGCUCUACCAGGAGGAGGCUGACGGCCCUGUCCUCCAGGAACGGGGACCGGCCAGGCGGCCCGAGGGCCGGAAGUGGCUGCUGGAUCUGAACCGAAAGAGCGAGAACCCCUGGAGGGACCUGUUCCUCUGGGCCGUGCUGCAAAACCGACAGGACAUGGCCACCUACUUCUGGGCCAUGGGCCAGGAGGGGGUGGCCGCCGCUCUGGCCGCCUGCAAGAUCCUCAGAGAGAUGUCGCGCCUGGAGACCGGGGCGGGGGUGCACUGCACCGUGAGCGAGGCCAAGUACGAGCAGCUGGCCCUGGGUCUCUUCUCCGAGUGCUACAGGAACAGCGAGGACCGUGCGUUCGCCCUGCUGGUGCGCAGGAACCGCUGCUGGAGCAGGACCACCUGUCUGCACCUGGCCACCGAGGCCGACACCAAGGCCUUCUUUGCCCACGAUGGGGUGCAGGUGAGCGUCUGGCUUCAGGGAGGGCCGGCCUCCCCCGCCUCCGCUCUUCAAGUCCUGGUCACGCAGGGCAGGGGGCGCAGGAGGGGAGCUCUGCUCCUGGAAGGCACCUGCCUGGCUUCCUUCUCGCUGCCCCUGGCCAGACCUUUGUCUGCCUCGGAUCUCAGCAGAGGUGCCGCCUCCUCCACUCGGCCCUCCCGCACCCCCAAACCUAGCCUCCCUCCCCGCCGUGGAGGGUCUUCCCCACCGGGAUGCAGGGCGAGGCUUUGGCUGAGCCUGGGAGGGCGCGCCUGGUGCCGGGCACAGCGUGAGCAAAGGUGUGGGGGUGGCAGGCCAGCGGCGGUGCCUUUAUUUCAGGCCUUCCUGACCAAGAUCUGGUGGGGGGACAUGGCAUCGGGCACGCCCAUCCUGUGGCUGCUGUGUGCCUUCCUCUGCCCGGCCCUCAUCUACACCAACCUCAUCACCUUCAGCGAGGAGGUCCCGCUGAGGACGGGCCCCGAGGGCCUGCAGGAGCUGGACAGCCUGGACACGGAGAAGAGCCUGCUCUGCAGCCCGGGCAGCGGGCUGGAGGAGUUGGCUGAGGCACCAAGGGCUCAGGGCGACCGAGGGCCGCGUGCUGCCUUCCUGCUCACACGCUGGCGCAUGUUCUGGGGCGCGCCCGUGACCGUGUUCCUGGGGAACGUGGUCAUGUACUUUGCCUUCCUCUUCCUGUUCACCUACGUCCUGCUGGUGGACUUCAGGCCACCUCCUCAGGGGCCAUCUGGGCCUGAGGUCACCCUCUACUUCUGGGUCUUUACACUGGUGCUGGAAGAGAUCCGGCAGGGAUUCUUCACAGACGAGGACACACAUCUGGUGAAGAAGUUCACACUCUACGUGGAAGAUAACUGGAACAAGUGUGACAUGGGGGCCAUCUUCCUGUUCAUUGUCGGUGUCACCUGCAGGAUGGUGCCCUCCAUGUUUGAGGCGGGCCGCACAGUCCUUGCCGUUGAUUUCAUGGUGUUCACGCUCCGACUCAUCCACAUCUUCGCCAUCCACAAGCAGCUGGGCCCCAAGAUCAUCAUCGUGGAGCGCAUGAUGAAGGACGUCUUUUUCUUCCUCUUCUUCCUGAGCGUGUGGCUUGUGGCCUAUGGUGUGACCACGCAGGCGCUGCUGCACCCCCACGACGGGCGCCUGGAGUGGGUCUUCCGCCGCGUGCUCUACCGGCCCUACCUGCAGAUCUUCGGGCAAAUCCCACUGGACGAGAUCGAUGAAGCCCACGUGAACUGCUCCCUGCACCCCCUGCUGCAGGAGGACUCCCCCUCCUGCCCGAACCUCUAUGCCAACUGGCUGGUCAUCCUCCUGCUAGUCACCUUCCUGCUGGUCACCAACGUGCUACUCAUGAACCUGCUGAUCGCCAUGUUCAGCUACACGUUCCAGGUGGUGCAGGGCAAUGCCGACAUGUUCUGGAAGUUCCAGCGCUAUCACCUCAUCGUGGAGUACCACGAGCGCCCCGCCCUGGCGCCGCCCUUCAUCCUCCUCAGCCACCUGAGCCUGGUGCUCAAGAGGUUCUUCCAGAAGGCGGCCGGGCAGAAGCGGAAGCACCUGGGUGAGGCCACAGGGCUGGAUACAGCCUGCGGCCCUGGACCGCAUGGAAGGGGACGGGCGACGUGCCGGGUGGGCAGGCGCGUGGAGGCGUGGGUCCCCUCCUCAGCCCCCCUCCAGCAUAGGCUGAGCCCAUCGCCUUCCUCCCCCUCACACCGCGGGCCCGUCUGCAGCGAUCCGGAGGGUGGGGGGCUUGCCCUGGGCUCCCCUGGCCCCGAGGCCCACCUGGCUCCAGCCAAGCCUGUGGCCGCCCUGGCCUUCCCAGAGAGAGACUUGCCAGAGCCCCUGGACCAAAAGAUGGUCACCUGGGAGGCAGUUCAGAAAGAGAACUACCUGAGUAAGCUGGAGAAGCAGAAGAAGGACAGCGAGGAGGAGGUGCUGCGGAAAACCGCCCACAGGGUGGAGUCUGUAGCCCAGUACCUCGGGGGGCUGAGAGAGCAAGAAAAGCGCAUCAAGCGUUUGGAGUCACAGAUCAACUACUGUGUGGUGCUCCUGUCCUCCAUGCCCCCGCCGUCCUCCACGCCCCCGCCGUCCUCUGGGGCUCAGAACGGCGCCUACUGCAACUCCCAGACCCUCAAAGGUGGACACCAGCAAGCCUCUGCUGGCCUCCGAGGGGAUGCAGGCAGCAGCGAGCACCCAGACGCUGGCCGGCGGCUCUCAGACACCUGA